AUGGGAGUUCUGAAAUCACUUGGUCUUUCACCGGCCAAGGCGGCAGGUGCGAAGGCCAUACGCCGUCUCUUUGGUCGGGUGAUGCCAACUGACGGUGACAGUGCCAGUGCCAGUGCCAGCGACACCGACCAAACUGGCAGGGGCAACACUAGUAAUGAAACCCACGACCAGAAGGAUCUGAAGAACAAGGCGCAAGAUAACCAAAACAACAACAACAACAGCGCCCAAGCAACGGAAAACGCAGAUACUUUACCAGAUUCUUCUAUCGCAAAGCAUCAGGAGAUACCUUCCACGACAGAUCAUCAGCAACGAGGAUAUCCCUCAGCCGCCGGAACUUCUGUCAACAUCCACGAUAUGGCGUCCUCACAGAAGCAGCGCGUCCCAAAUGCCGAGCUGAGUAAAGAAAACCAACCUCCAAAUGCAACUCAAUUAUCCGAAGCUCUCUCUCGUCUGGAACUUGGAGAUGACAAGACCGUUCUGACUCCCAAACCUGAUGUUCCUGUCCUGCCUGUCGCCCCAAUCUUCACCGAUCCCGCUGUUGUAGCUGAGCGAGCGGUGCAUAUGCAGUUCACUGAAGCAGCUCUUGAUAUGGCCCGACUUGCGCUCAGAACCAACGAGACGCCUGUAGGCUGUGUCCUCGUUCAUGAUGGCAAGAUCAUUGCUCGUGGCAUGAAUGCAACAAAUGUCACUCGAAACGGUACUCGCCAUGCUGAAUUCAUGGCACUCGGUGCUUUACUAUCCUACCCCCCCAAAGAUGGACCAAGAACGACGUACCUCAAGCCCAAGCCUAAGCCUGAGGAACAGUCCGCUGCGGCUUCUGAUGCAUCUUCUGUCGAUUCUGGACCUCCUGACGAGGGCAACGAAGAUGGUUCCAAGGGACACCUCUACCCUUAUGGGCAGAAGGUUCAUCCCGACGCCAGGGUCGAUAGAUCGAUUAUCCGGGAGAGCAUCCUUUAUGUCACCGUAGAACCGUGCGUCAUGUGUGCUUCUCUCUUGCGACAACUCGGUAUCAAGAAGGUCUACUUUGGCGCGGUGAACGACAAGUUUGGUGGGACUGGUGGUGUCUUCAGCAUCCAUGCCAAUUCCCUUCCAGUCAGCGCCGAUGGGCAGACCGCCAGCGCCCACCCAACUCCCAAACCUGCGCAGCUUCCAGACGGCAGUGGUACAUUGGGUGUCUCGUAUCCACCGGGUGGAGGUGAUGGCGGAAAUAUUGAACCUGGUUACGAAAUCGAGGGCGGUUGGGGCCGUGAUGAAGCUGUCGCCCUGCUACGACGGUUCUAUGUCCAGGAGAAUGGUCGAGCCCCGGUCCCUCGCAAAAAGGAAGGACGCGCAGCUCGCCUAGCUGCUAUGAUGGAGGGCGACGGGGACGGGGAGGAUACUCAAAAUCCAGAUGGAGACACGCCUAUGCCUGACGAUGAAGUGACCGACCUGCCUGCCUCAACAGAAACUCUCGAGGAGUCUCCGCCGCUGGCAGAUCGCACUAAUGUCUAG